UUGAUGUUUCUAUGCAGGCAAAGAAGCAAUAGAGGUGAAAAUCCCACAGAGCCACCAGGAUGUGAUGCCCAAUGAUGAGCAGUAAUUACUGCAGCAACACUUCAGCCAGUAUGAGUGUCAACGAAAUGUCUGCCUUCCCUCUGACUUUAGAACAAAAAACUGGCUUUGCCUUUGUGGGGAUUUUGUGUGUUUUCUUGGGACUUCUAAUUAUCAGAUGCUUCAAAAUCUUGCUAGACCCCUACAGCAGUAUGCCUUCUUCCACGUGGGAAGAUGAAGUAGAGGGGUUGGAUAAAGGAACAUUUGAAUAUGCUCUUGCAUGAAAACUCACAGAAUAUCCUGCCUUAAAUUUGAUGUUGAUUUCAUUUUGGAAACCAACUGUUGUUACAUUUGUUAUACAUA